CCUUGGCAUGCAGACUGCUUCUACAAACAUUUGUGAAAGAAUGGGUUGCUCUCAGGAGCUCCGUGAAUUCAACCGUGGUACCAUUAUAGGUUGCCACUUGUGCAAUAAGUUCAUCUGUGAAAUUUCCUUUCUACUAAAUAUUUCAUGGUCAACUGUUAGUGGUAUUAUAACAAAAAGUGGAAGCAACUGGAAACAACAGCAACUCAGCCACGAAGUGGUAGGCAAUGUGUAAUGACAGAGCGGGGUCAGCGCAUGCUGAAGCAAACUGUCUGCAGAAAGGGCUCCAGUCAGCCCUCCAUACCCAAUUCAGAGACACACCAAAACUAGAGUCUAUAUACACUAUAUUGCCAAAAGUAUUGGGAUACCCCUUCAAAUCAUUGGAUUCAGGUGUUCCAAUCACCUCCAUGGCCACAGGUGUAUAAAAUCAAGCACCUAGGCAUGCAGACCAUUUUGUGUCUGGGUUUGGAAGUUGCCAGGAGAACGGUACUUGUCUGACUGCAUUGUGCCAAGUUU